AUGGAUCACUCUUUUACCCGCUCUCCUGCAGAACUGCUCCGCGACUUUGGUGUUUCGGAGGAUGCAGGCCUGACGCAGGACCAAGUCUUGCGCUUGCGCGAGAAGUACGGAUCGAAUGCUCUUGAGGAAGAGGAAGCUACCCCUCUCUGGAAACUAGUUCUCGAGCAGUUCCAAGACCAACUUGUCCUCAUCCUCCUCGGUUCCGCAACAAUCUCGUUCGUUCUAGCUCUCUUUGAAGAUGGAGAUGACUGGACUGCUUUCGUUGACCCGGCUGUGAUCCUCACCAUCCUUAUCCUCAAUGCUAUCGUCGGUGUAUCCCAAGAAAGCAGCGCCGAAAAAGCAAUCGCAGCUCUUCAAGAAUAUUCGGCAAAUGUCACAAAGGUCGUGCGCAAUGGCACUCUCCAGAAGCUUAAGGCCGAGGAGCUGGUCCCCGGAGACAUCAUCCACAUCGCUGUGGGUGACCGCGUUCCGGCCGACUGCCGGUUGCUCUCAAUCCAGAGCAACAGCUUCCGUGUAGACCAGGCUAUUUUGACCGGUGAGAGUGAAAGUGUUAGCAAGGACACCAAAGUCGUCUCGGACAAGCAGGCGGUGAAGCAGGAUCAAACAAAUAUGUUGUUCUCCGGUACUACCGUAGUAGCUGGUCAUGCCACUGCAAUUGUUGUUCUUACGGGAGCUUCGACCGCUAUCGGUGGCAUCCAUGAGAGCAUUACUUCUCAGAUUUCCGAGCCCACGCCUUUGAAACAAAAGCUGAACGAUUUUGGCGAUGUGCUUGCAAAGGUCAUCACAGUUAUCUGUAUCGUCGUCUGGCUGAUCAACAUUGAGCAUUUCAACGAUCCUUCUCAUGGCGGCUGGGCCAAGGGUGCCAUCUACUAUCUGAAGAUUGCCGUGUCUCUAGGUGUUGCUGCUAUUCCGGAAGGUCUUGCUGUCGUUAUAACGACAUGUUUGGCAUUGGGUACUCGUAAGAUGGCAGCAAAGAACGCUGUGGUUCGAUCUCUACCUUCUGUUGAGACCCUCGGAAGCUGCAGUGUCAUUUGCUCUGAUAAGACUGGAACUUUGACCACCAACCAGAUGAGUGUUGAACGGGUUCUCUACCUAAAUUCGACCGGACAAGGCUUUGAGGAAAUCGAUGUCGAGGGUACCACUUUCGCUCCCGUUGGUGCAUUGAAGAAAGGAGGAAAGCCUUUGAAAGAUUUGGCAGUUUCUUCCUCGACUAUCCGUCAAAUGACCGAAGUACUUUCUGUGAACAAUGAGGCUACCCUGGCUUAUGACCCCAAAAUUGGAUAUUCUUGCAUUGGUGAGCCUACCGAGGGAGCCCUGCGUGUUCUGGCUGAAAAGAUUGGAACCGACAACGCCGCUUUCAACGAGAGCAUACGAUCCUUACCUGCGUCUGGUGCUUUGCACGCUACCAGCAAAUACUAUCAGAACAAGCUACCACUCAAGGCAACCUACGAGUUCUCCCGCGACCGCAAGAGUAUGUCUGUUCUAGUCGGUGAAGGCAAAGAUCAGAAGCUUUUGGUCAAGGGUGCCCCUGAAUCUAUCCUCGAACGUUGCUCCCAUGUCCUUCUCGGGUCUGAUGGCCCCCGCGUACCAUUGACCCAGAGCCACAUCAGUUUGAUCUCUGAACAGGUAGUCGAAUGCGGUAACCGGGGUCUUCGUGUCAUUGCCCUGGCCACCGUAAGCGACGUCUCAACCAACCCCCUCUUACACACUGCCAAAACGUCAGAAGAGUAUGCGCAGUUGGAGCGCAACAUGACUCUGAUCGGCCUUGUCGGUAUGCUUGAUCCUCCUCGUCCAGAGGUUGCUAGUUCUAUUCAAAAAUGCCGUGAAGCCGGAAUUCGAAUUAUUGUCAUUACUGGAGAUAACCGCAACACUGCCGAGUCUAUUUGCCGCCAAAUCGGUGUUUUCGGCCCUGAUGAGAACCUACAGGGCAAGAGUUAUACUGGCAGAGAGUUUGACGAUUUGAGCGAUAGCCAGAAAUUGGAGGCAGUCAAGAACGCAUCUCUCUUUUCUCGUACCGAACCCGCUCACAAGUCCAAGCUUGUCGAUCUUCUUCAAUCGCUCGGCCAUGUUGUCGCCAUGACUGGCGACGGUGUCAACGAUGCCCCCGCCUUGAAAAAGGCAGAUAUCGGUGUUGCUAUGGGUACAGGAACGGACGUCGCCAAACUCGCGGCCGACAUGGUCCUUGCCGAUGACAAUUUCGCUACCAUCGAGGUCGCAGUUGAAGAAGGUCGUUCAAUCUACAGCAACACGCAACAGUUCAUCCGGUACCUGAUUUCGUCCAACAUCGGUGAAGUGGUAUCCAUCUUCUUGACCGCUGCGCUGGGCCUACCAGAGGCUUUGAUUCCUGUUCAGUUGCUGUGGGUGAACUUGGUUACCGAUGGUCUGCCUGCUACUGCGCUUUCGUUUAAUCCUCCCGAUCACGACGUCAUGCGUCGCCCUCCCCGUAAGCGUGACGAGGCUCUUGUUGGCGGAUGGCUAUUCUUCCGGUACAUGGUCAUCGGAAUAUACGUUGGCGCAGCCACCGUGUUUGGCUAUGUCUGGUGGUUCAUGUUCAACCCUGCCGGGCCCCAGAUCUCCUAUUACCAAUUGUCACACUUCCACAAAUGCAGCACCUCCUUCCCCGAAAUCGGCUGCAGCAUGUUCCACAGCGACAUGUCCAAAUCCGCCUCCACUGUCUCUCUGUCUAUUCUCGUCGUGAUCGAAAUGCUCAACGCCAUGAACGCAUUGUCGUCAAGCGAGUCCCUUCUCACAUUCCCAUUAUGGCACAACCCCAUGCUCGUCUACGCAAUUGCGUUAUCCAUGUCGCUCCACUUCGCGAUCUUGUACAUCCCGUUCUUGCAGGGGUUGUUUGCUAUUUUGCCGCUGGAUUGGAAUGAGUGGCAAGCUGUUAUUGGGAUUAGUUUGCCUGUCAUUUUGAUCGACGAAAUCCUCAAGUACUUUGAGCGACGCCUAUAUGACCAACGCGUUGAGCAGCCAUCUCCCUCUGAGAAGCAGAAUGGGAAGAUCAAAGCUGCUUAA